AUGUAUAAAGACUUGAAGAGGAACUUUUGGUGGAAUAAUAUGAAGAGGGAAAUUGCUCAAUAUGUUGCUCAAUGUUUGGUAUGUCAACAAGUGAAAGUUGAAUAUCAGAGACCUGCAGGUAAGUUACAACAUCUUCCUAUUCCCGAGUGGAAGUGGGAACAUAUUACCAUGGAUUUUGUGACGGGGUUACCUAGGACCCAAGGUGGUAACAAUGCUAUUUGGGUUAUCGUUGAUCGAUUGACCAAAUCCACUCACUUUCUAGCUUUUAAGGUAGGGUUCUCCUUAGAGAAGUUUGCAAAAUUGUAUAUCAAGGAGAUUGUGAAGUUGCAUGGUAUUCCGGUGACCAUAGUGUUUGAUAGAGAUAACAGAUUUGUAUCUAUGUUUUGGAGGAGUUUGCAUACAACUUUGGGUACUAGUUUGAAUUUUAGCACUGCCUUUCAUCCUCAAACUGAUGGACAGACAGAGAGAACUAUUCAGACUCUUGAAGACAUGUUGAGGGCUUAUGUUAUUGAUCUUGAAGAUAACAGAAGACGCGAUUUGGUGUUUGGGGUUGGAGACCAUGUGUUCCUUAAGGUGUCUCCUAUGAAAGGAGUAAUGAGGUUUGGUGUUCGUGGCAAACUGAGUCCUAGAUUUAUUGGACCAUUUGAGGUUUUAGAUCGAAUUGGAGAGGUAGCUUACAGACUUGCUCUACCACCUUCACUAGUUGGUGUUCAUAAUGUUUUUCAUGUGUCAAUGUUAAGGAAGUAUAUACCGAAUCCUAGUCAUGUGAUUGAUCAUGCACCGUUGCAGUUUAAGGGGGAUUUGACCUUUGAGGAACACCCUAUACAAAUUGUUAAUAGGAAGGAACAGGCUGCCGAGAAGAGGACUGCCAAAGCCAAGAAAAAACUUGCCCAAACCCUGGCAACCAAGGCGAAAGAAAUCAGGGAGACUGAUGCUAAGGCCUACAAGGAAGGAAAAGUGGUCAUCAAAGAGGGCUACAAGAAGCAAGUAGACAUUGGUUACAAUAGAGGCUACGACCUCGGAUGGACCACUACUUUGAUUGCUCUGUUCAUCCCCAAGGACUCGCCACACCAAGAUCUGUCAAAGCUGUCUCUAUCUUUCCCUCAUUCUCCUACCAAAGAGCCUCAAUCCGAGAAAAAAGUUGGCUAUAAAGAAGGAGACGAAGAAGAAGAAGUUGCCGGAACCAAGUCUCCAUGUUGA